AGAAAAGAAAAAUCGUCUGAAACAGGAAGAGAAGAAAAACGGAGUCGAUUUACGGGUGUGACAAAGCCAACACGACAGGAGUGGAAGAACCGGCCUAACCUCCACACACACACACACACUCACACACUCACACACACACACACACACACUCACACACACACACGCCGGCCUGAAGGUUUAACCGCUGAGGACCGAGCAGAAAGCAGAGUGAUGUCCCGACAGGGCUGGAGUUUCUCCUCGCUGCGUCUGAAGAGUAAACGAACUUCAGAAGACAAGAACGUGUUUCAGAGGAGAGGAAAACUCUUUUCUUCUGUUAGAGAAGAUCACAGACAUCAAACAGUUAAAGGAGGUGAAGAUGCUGCUGCUGCUGAUGAGAAUCAUCACUUCUCCUUUGAACCUGACAGAGUUAAAGGUCAGCUGGUUGGAGCCGAGGAUGAGGAGCAGAGCAGAGGAGCGAUGAAGAGGCUCAGCACCAUGUGGAGCUCCUUCAGGGGCAAAACCAGCCGAGAACGAGGUCCCAAAGAGCCGGACUCUCCGCUGACCCCUGGUCUGCCUCUGGUGGACGAAAAGCCUCGGGAGCAGCGCUACGUCAGCGGCCAGUUCUUCUUCGAGUACCUGGUGGUGGUCAGUCUGAAGAAAAGCAAAACGGGAGCGUACGAACCCCAGAUCUCCUACCAGUUCCCCAAGAAAGAUGGCAUGGUACGAUUCCAGAAGGAGGAAGAGGAGAAGACGCUGAAGGCCAUCACCCUCUUCUGCUUCCCAGAGGGCAUAAACUGGGCACCGCUGACCGAAUAUCGCAGUGAGACGUUCUCGUUCGUCCUGACGGAGAUAGACGGCAGCAGGAGGAACGGGUACUGCCGACGCCUCCUGCCUCAUGGGAAUGGUGCUCGCCCCCCAGAGGCGUACUGCAUCAUCAGUAAAAUCGCCUGUUUCGGGCUCUUCUCGAAGAUCUUCGAUGAGGUGGAGAAGAGGCGUCAGAUCUCCAUGGCGAUGAUUUACCCCUUCAUGCAGAGUUUACGUGAGGCUCAAUUUCCCGCUCCGGGAAACACCGUCAACAUCAAGAGCUUCAUCCCCGACUCCGGCACCGAGAUCAUCAGUUUAACCAGACCCACUGAUUGGUGGUUGGAACACGUGGAUUUUCGGACGUUGUUCCGGUGUUUAUCAGACGAGGAGGUGCUGCAGGUUUUCGCCUCUACAGUGUUGGAGCGACGCAUCGUCUUCAUAGCUGAGGAACUCGGGACAUUAUCUCAGGUGAUCCACGCCGUCUCCGUCCUCCUGCACCCGUUCAUCUGGCAGCACACGCUCAUCUCCAUCGUCCCAGAGAUCCUGAUCGACGUGGUCAUGGCCCCGACGCCGUACCUGCUGGGGGUUCAGAAACGCCUCGCCGAUCAGGUCAUCGAUCAGGGAGACUUACUGACUGUCGACCUGUCAGAAGGCAGGAAGGAAACGUUCAUCAAAAAAAUCGGUGAUGAGGACUCCAUCCUACCACCCAAACUGAGGGACGAGAUCCUGCAGGUGCUGAAAGCUCGGAGUAACACCGCCAGUCUGGAGGAGCUGAACCAGAUCGUUCCUGAGGCGUUCCUGCCGUUCUUCAUAAAGACAGUGGGCCACUUCUCCAAACACAUCGACAGACAGAAGCCCGACGAACCGGGUCACUUUCAGAAGAGGAACUUCUGCAAAGCCAUCGAGUCCAGAAGCACUCGACAUUUCGUUAAGAAGUUCGUGCAGACGCAGAUGUUCGAUCUGUUUAUACAGGAAGUGGAGCAGAGACCUGCAACUCAGAACGGAAUUUUCGAACGAAAGAUCGCCGAGUACCACAAAAAGAUGAGAGAAAAGACGAAGAAACACUAGGACUUUUUUAUUUACACUGAAAUUAAUCAGUAGCUGUUAAUAAUUAUUCUGAAUGUAGAUAAUAAAAUAUCAGUUAUUUAUCUGUAAUGUGUUUUGGAAUUGAAUGUGGGUGUGUGAUGUGUGUGUGUGUGUUUUCAUAUAAUGGAUGGUUUUAAUCACUGGAUUGUUUUAGUUCUUUAUUAAUGUUGAUAAUGUGUAGAAAUAAAACUGAGCCAGUGUUCAAAUAAA